AUGUUGGAGGCUGUCAUCAUUCGGGAGAGCAAGAGUCCAUGGGCAGCUCCCACUAUAUUGGUGCGGAAGAAAGAUGAUUUGGUGAGUGGAUACUGGCAGGUGGAAGUGGACUCAGAGGACCAAGAGAAGACUGUAUUUACAACCCCUUUGGGUUUGUACGAGUUUGACUGCAUGCUGUUUGGUCUCUGCAAUUCCCCUGCACCCUUCCACCAUCUUAUAGAACACUAUCUGGUUGAGAAAAACUUUGAGACUCUAUUGAUUUAUGUUGAUGACGUGAUUGUGUUCUUCAAUGGCUUUGCUUCCCAUCUACAGCACCUGGAAUUUGUCUUCUGGAGGCUAGCCCAGCAUUGUCUAAAGCUAAAGCCCAACAAAUGUCAUCUGUUUGAGAGCCAAGUACAAUAUCUGGACCACGUCAUCUCGGAGGAUGGCAUUGCUCCAGACAAAGAGAAAACGGUCCCACAGGUCACCAAGCAGAGCCAUGGGAAUCGGUAUCGUCUGCCUCUGGAUCGUCUGGAGCCACUUGCUGAGGCGUCUCAUGUUCUCGGGGUCCGGGGUCACGACUCGGUGAGCCACCGUGGCCCUGGGCAGGACGAGAACGUCAGCAAUAACAAUUGCAAGGCUGAAAAGAGAGACCUCGCUUCAGAAGAGAGCCAGGUGUUCCUGGGGCAGAAUGCCAAUGGAUUCCUGGCUGGGAACGCAAACCCACAGCAUCCUACGCAAGCUAGCAAGAUCUUAGACUUCUCCCUGCUGAAGGACCCCUUCUUCUGCAUCUACACCUGGUCUGUAGUGUUUAGCCAGCUUGCCUACUUCAUCCCCUACUUCCAUCUCUCUGCCAGGGCUGAGACUCUCGAUAUUGACCCCAUGGACGCCUCCUUCAUCAUCUCGGUGGCGGGUAUCACCGAGACCGUCUCCCAGCUUGUGUCCGGAUGGAUGACCGAUCGGAACGUGGUCCACAAGUACCAUUACCACAAGGCCUACCUUAUCCUCUGCGGCCUGGUCAACCUGCUGUCGCCACUGGCAACCAGCUACAGCCAGCUCAUGGUCUACGCUGUCUUCUACGCCAUCUUCUGUGGGGGCUACAUGGCCCUGCUGCUUCCAGUCCUGGUGGACCUGGUUGGGGUGCACCGGAUUGCCAGCUCGAUGGGGUUCUCCAUGUUCUUUGUGGGGCUCGGCUGUCUCACAGGACCCCCCACUGCAGGCUGGCUGUAUGAUUACACACAGACCUAUGACUGUUCCUUCUACCUGGCGGGUGCCUGCUACCUUCUCUCCUCCAUCUCCCUCUUCUUUGAGCCACUGGCACGGAGGUGGAAAGCCAAGAGAGAAACGGAGGCUGUGGCCAGGGAAACAGACUGCAAGACUAACGGCAGUUUCGUCUCAGAGGCUGCGCACAAUGGACUGGCACGGCCCUAGCAAACCGAGAGACUGAACUCUUUGGAGAACCAAGGGAGAGAGUGACCUGCCGAAUAGACCCAGUGGGAACUGGCCUAAACCAAGGGAUUUGGUGCAACGAUUAGGCCAACUAAAAGCGGUCUUUCUUUCACCCGCGCUGCAUUCGAGAGCCAUCGCUACGUUCUUCAAGAAUUUGUAAUGCAAGAAGAACAUCUUGACAAUCUGUCAUUGUUUGCUAUAAUCCAAGUUUGAGCCAAAUGCACACUUUUAUUUUUAUUUUUAAACGCUAAUGUUUGUGUUUUGGGCUCAAGGGCAACUUGCUUCUAGUUUGCUCUGAAUGAGUUGUGCUCAAACUCAUUAGCGUUU